AUGGCCCGAGCCUUUCAGAGCAAUUACUCCCGCCUAUUAGAAAGAAACCGGCGUUACUGUCAUCCAUCGGCGCUUCCGUUCCCGGUGCUCCGCCACUACUCAUACGACAACCGCCAAAUGGCGAACCGAACCAAUUUUUACAAGAAUCCUUCCCAUUCUUACAAUAAGCAGCUCCAUCUCAAUUCCGUCCUUCAAAAUCUCCAAACUUAUAAUAUCGCAAUAGGAAAUGCUCCUCGGGCUGAUGAGCCGGCAGUACAACACCCCGACGAUGAAAUUAGGCGGCACCGCAAGCGCCGCCGUGUGUGGAAGCCGGCGGCACCGCAGAAGAAUGAGGUUGAAGAAAACGGUGGCCCUAUGUCUCAUCAGGAGUAUAUUGAUAAAAUGAGGGAGGAGUUCAGCAGCGAUCGGCCGUACCAAGAAUUAACUGAAGAUGUUCUGGGAACUUCUACUUCAACCUUGGCUUUGCAACUUGUAGCAGACUAUGACAGUGAUAGUGAUACUGAUUCUUCCGGUGAAACUCAAAAGAAGCAAGAUUCGAAUAGCAAUCCUGUUGUGCCAUUUGAGUUACCUAUGAAUAAAAAGAGUCCUCCGAUAUCAGAUAGAAUAAAGAGGAGAAGUGAGCAAAGACUGCCUCUACCUGGUGAGCCCACUUGUGUAGUAUGUGGAAAGUAUGGGGAAUAUAUUUGUGAUGAGACCGAUGAUGAUAUAUGUAGCAUCGACUGUAAAGAUGAGGUUUUGAAAAACAUUCAAUCAGAUGAGGGUGAUGCGAGCUGCAAAAAUGUUGCUGCUUCCCUCUGUGAAGAAAGUGGUUUGAAUGUUCCUGAUAACAGUCUGGAUCCUUGUAACCUUGCGAAUAAUGGCUGGUCAAAUAUCUUACCUAGUUUCUCUACUUACAAAUGCUUAAAGUGUCAAAGGCCAGGUCAUUUUGCUGAGGAUUGUUUAGUGACAACAUCUGAGUGCCACUCCUCGUCAUUGGGGAACACAUGCAGUGAGGUACCAUAUUUCCCAGUGAAACCCUUACGCAUGUCAAGAAAUCUUCUUGAGUUGUACAAAAGGUGUCAUCAAAUUGGCAAAACCUUUUUGACUGCAAAAUGCAGUGUUUGCCGUGGAUCAACAACAUUGGCUUCAUGUCUAAAGUGUUCCAAUGCAUUCUGUGACAGUGCAGGUCAUCUGAUUGAGCACAUCAGAGCACAUCCCAGUCAUCAAGAAUUUUACUCCUUCAGGCUUAAGCGUUUGGUAAAAUGCUGCAAGCCAACAUGCCAGGUGACUGAGAUCAAGGAUCUUUUAGCUUGUCACUAUUGCUUCAACAAAGCUUUCGACAAAUUCUACGAUAUGUACACUGCAACAUGGAAAGCAGCAGGGCUCUCUAUUAUCUGGGGCUCCAUUUGCUGUGACGAUCACUUUGAAUGCAUCAAGGAAGAAAGAAAAACGAUGGUGUCCAUGAUGGCAGAACCUGCAACAGAGCGAUCAGUCAUGGCAGUAAUAAGGGCUGCGAGGCCAUCCUUUCGGAACGCCAACGACAAGGUUGCUUUCGCCGUCCACGCAACCCUCUUCGCCUCCGGCUUUGUCCUCCGCGCCACCGGUCCGGCCGCCUUUUCUCACAGCGAAACCAAUCCCCCCUCCGGAGUGUACAAGGAGGUCGGAAUUGACCAAUGGAAUCAACUCGACGCGAAUUACGCCUUUGUGUAUUCCAAGUCCGAGGUGUACGCCAACUCCAACAACCUUAUCAGCCUCGAGAAAAUCGUGGUGAAGUGUCUGGCCUUGGAUGGUAUGUUGCACAUCGAUGCCCUAAGGAAAGGAGUGAACCUAAAACCUGAUGUGAUCGCCCGUUUGGACAUCAAGGUCGCGGAUCACGUGCCGCCGGAGGCGAAUAAUGGAGGAAACCCUAAUUACAACAAUAAUGAUAAGAAUAACUAUGGUUCAAUGUUCAAGAACUUGGGGAAGCUAGUAAGAGAUGUUCAUAAUGAAAUUGUGAGCAAGUUUACUGGUGGUCCGCUUGUUAGUACUCUUCUUCCUCCUUUCGGAUCCAAUCCACAUGAUUUCCCUCAUCCGGGUUUUCCUCAGCAGGCGUACCCGCUUUCGGCUUUGCUUGUAAAUGAGGCUAAAUUGUUAGGAGGCCUUGGAGAAGAAAUUCAGGGUAUUGUUGAUGAGCUUGGCCAGAUGAAAGCCUUCUUGAUGUUUGCAGAAGGUAGAGAAGAAGAAGAUCCUAGGCUUCAAGAAUGGAUAUUUCAAGUGCAGGAUGUUGCUUAUGACAUUCAAGAUGUUGUGGAUGAAUUUAUGAUGUAUUUUGGUCGCAUUGAUCGGCAUGGAUUUUUGUCAGAAAUUCAGGAUCACAAGUGUCGAAAUAGGCACACAGUUGGAGCAAAUUCCAGAAGCAGUUUUCAGGUUAUAUCAUCUGAAAACUCUGAGUCUCAGACGCACAAGAGUAGAAGUUAUUCCAAAGUCCAUUGGUUCUUUGAAGAAUGUAGAGUAUUUGGAUCUAUCAUACACUUUUGUCCGGGAGUUACCUGA